UUGUGAAAAAUGUCCCGACUGGGCAGACUAAAUCGUAUGUUAUCAUAAAUGCCCCCGCCAUGAACAUGAUGAAAAGUGAUCUCACCGAUGUCUUCUUACCUGUCAUCUACAUCAUCGUCUUUAUCAUGGGGCUUCCCACCAAUGUCAUGGCCAUCUGGGUCUUCCUGUUUAGGACCAAGAAAAAGCAUCCAGCAUCCAUCCUAAUGGCCAGCCUGGCCCUGGCUGACUUUCUCUUUGUUAUUUGGCUUCCACUGAAGAUCGCCUACCACUUUAAUGGCAAUAACUGGAUCUUUGGAGAGACACUGUGUAAGGUCCUGGUGGGCUCUUUCUACAGUAAUAUGUACUCGUCCACUAUAUUCAUAGCAAUCAUCAGUGUGCACCGCUACUGGGCAGUUGUGCACCCACUUUCUAAUAAACUGAACAGCCGGGUAGCAGGGUGUGUAUCUGUGUUGGUAUGGAUUAUGCUCUGGCUCCUCAGUAUACCACUAUACAUGUAUGACCAGACAGUUACAAUCAGUGACCUCAACAUCACCACCUGCCAUGAUGUUUCUCGCUCCAGUCAAUCACACUUCCCUGUUGCAUACUUUCUGACUAUGGGUAUUGUGGGAUUUGUAGUUCCCUGUAUUGUGUGUGUGGUGGUGUAUGUGCUGAUGUUUCGUCAUCUCAGGAAUUCCACUAUAGAUUCCAGCAGCAAUGAAAACAAAAAGAAAGCGAUCAGGCUCAUGAUUGUAGUAUUGGUCUUGUUUUUGGUGAGUUUCACUCCCAGUAACGUCUUACUGAUGGUGCAUUGCUCUAAGCUAAGUGCAGGGUUAAAAGAUGAUGGCUAUGGCUUAUACAUUGUUGCACUGUGUCUGUCCAGCCUCAACAGCUGUAUCGACCCAUUUGUGUAUUAUUUUAUCUCCAAGGAGUUUAGAGAUCAUGUAAAGAACAUGUUAAUGUGUCGCAGUGAACGAACAGCCAAGAGAAUGAAGAUUUCCACAACUGACACAAAAACCAGUAGCUGCUAAUAACAGAAUGGAGAGCAGCUUUUAAAAUUAAAAAACACACUCACUAAAAAUAGCAGGUAGCGUUUAAAACUCAGAAAUGUAACCAUCACCAAACCUUUAUUUACUGUGGACCUGGGCAGCACUAGCAGGGUAGAAAUUCAACUAAGCUCUUUAAAAUGACCCACUGCAAGUGUGUAUCUAUGUACAUUGCAUGGCUGUAUGUUUGGUUUUAAUAGAAGUGUGGCUGUAAAUAGCUGAACCCACUAAUAAUAAGUGUUAUGUUUACCGUUUAAAAUAUUGUCAAUUAUUACAAACAUCAGCAUGUGCAA